AUGGCGCAACCAUUGGAUCUCGCGAAGACGCUCGUCAAAUCGGUGAUGCGCGCGUUCUACGAGACGCGGCACAUUCUUAUCAUAGACGCGCUGAUCAUUCACUCUGCGCUGCGAGACGAUGACCUGGCCUACCUGAUGGCUACGAAUACAAAGGACCUUCACAAGGCAUGUGGGAAAUUGAGAGAGGAUCGCUUCCUUGCUGUGUACACGAGACUGGAAUAUCGCGAGGACCCGAAGAACCCAGAGGCGAAACCGCGCCCGGUGAAUCGCACCUACUACUAUAUCGACUACCGUCAGACCAUUGACGCUAUCAAAUGGCGCGUGUACACCGUCGACAAACAAAUCCAAGGGACUACUGUUCCCGCAAGCGAACGGAAGGAAUAUUUCUGCGGACGAUGCAAGGCAGAAUGGACCCAAAUGGAGGUUUUGGACAAUGUCGGCCCAAAUGGCUUCGUCUGUCACCGAUGCAGCUCGCCGCUCACCCACGAUCUCGAGCGCAAUUCGACCGGCCACGAGCAGUCCACGCGACUCAAUAACCAGUUCAAGUUCAUCACUGAGCUACUGCCCCGUAUCGACGAGAUGGUGGUCCCCGACAACACGUUCGAUAUUGCCAUCAGCAAGGCCCUGCCUGUCGUCCGAGACGCGAGCUACCAAACGGUCACAACCAUCCCGGUCUCAUCUCUGCAACCAACAGCAGUCAAGGGUCUGGAUAACGUCGGCCCCAAGUCCAUGUCGGUCAGCAUUUCCACAACGGAUGGCCCUUCAGAAGCCGAGAAGGCAGCAGAGAAAGCGCGCAAGGAGAAAAUUGCGCAGCAGAACGCACUGCCUUCCUGGAUGUCCAACAGUACUGUCACUGGCGAAUCAUUCUCUGCGGAGGCGGGCCCAACACCCGCAACCAAGGUCGAGGAGGUGGACAGCAAGGAUGCCGUAGCCAAAUCCGGGGAUAACCAAGAGCACGCGGAGCUGGAUGACUACUUCGCUAGACUCAAGGCUGAGCAGGCAGCUGAGGCCGCGAGGGCACUCGAGGAGGAGGGUUCGGACGACGACGAGGAAGAAGAGGACGCUUUUGAGGAUGUUACACCAGUGGGCAACACCACGCCAAUCCCCAAGGUGGAGCCCUCUGCUGACGCGGAGGAGUUGCCGGCUAAGAGGGUCAAGGUAGAGGUGCCGGAUGACGGCGAGAGUGACGAAGACGUCGAAUUUGAGGACGUUUAA